CUCAUAUUUCCUUUUGGACCGCCCACCACCUACCGCUCCACUCUGCAUAUUUGAAAUCAUGGUAGUAGAAACCGCAUACUACGACGCCCUCGGCGUACCGCCCACCGCAUCCGAACUGGAAAUCAAAAAGGCCUACCGCAAGCUUGCGAUCAAACUGCACCCAGACAAGAACCCUGGAGAUGAGACGGCACACGCGAAAUUCCAAGAAAUUGGUGAGGCAUACCAAAUUCUCAGCGACGAGCAGCUGCGCGCAGCAUACGACAAACAUGGCAAAGAAGGUGCUAUGCCCAGUAGCGGUUUUGAGGACCCCUCCGAGUUCUUCACCAUGAUCUUUGGUGGAGAGGCUUUUGUAGACUGGAUCGGCGAAAUUUCCUUAAUGAAGGACCUUACCAAGACUAUGGAAAUCUCCCAGCGUGAGAUGGAGGCUGAGGCUGCCGCUCAGGCUGAGGCUGAGAGGGCGGAAGCUGGAAAGACACCUACGGCCGAAGGGACUGGUGCUACUCCCCCGACUGCUGCCACAGAAGCAACAGGCCCAAGUGCUGCUGCACCAGCCAAGGAAGCCGAAGCAGCAGCUGAGCACACAGGAACGCAGACGGCAAAUGUACCACCUCCUCAUGUAGAAGCAGAAGCACCUCCAGCGCCCGCAGCCGGUGCAUCCACUUCUACACAGCUCCCACCGCUCCCACCACGGACAAGCACACCACCAACACGAGGCAUUCCGAUCCGCGCGGCUAUCAUGGACAAGUCUGAUGAAGAAGUACGCAUGGAGGCAGAAGGCAUGACUGAUGCAGAGAAGGAGCUGCGGGAAAAGCAAAAGAAGAAGGCUGGUCUUACUAAAGAGCAGCGGGAAGAGCUUGCAGCAUACGAAAUGGAGCGAAAGAGGAUCCGUGAGGAACGCGUUAACAACCUUGCUAAGAAGCUUAUUGAGCGUAUCUCAUUAUGGACCGAGACCGACAAGGCUAACGAUGUAACUGCUGCUUUCAAGGGAAAAAUUCAUCUCGAGAUUGAGAAUCUGAAGAUGGAGUCUUUCGGUAUUGAAAUCCUCCACGCCAUUGGAACUACCUACACUAUGAAGGCAUCCUCAUUCCUCAAGUCUCAGAAAUUCCUCGGCAUCUCAGGCUUCUUCUCCCGCAUCAAGGACAAGGGUACCCUCGUCAAAGACACCUGGUCGACCAUGUCGGCUGCGAUAGAUGCGCAGCUGACUAUGGAAGAAAUGGCGAAGUUGGAAGAGCAGGGUGGUGAGGCAUGGACGGAUGAGAAGAAGGCCGAGUACGAGAAGAAGGUCACUGGUAAGAUUCUCGCCGCUGCGUGGAGAGGUAGCAAGUUUGAGAUUCAGAGCGUGCUGCGCGACGUGUGCGACGCUGUACUCAACGACAAGAAGAUCAAGCUCGAGAAGCGCGUGGAACGGGCCCAUGCCCUCAUGAUUAUCGGAGAGAUGUUCCAGAAGGCUGAGCGCGAUCCCGAAGAAGAGGGCGACUUCAUGGCGUUUGAGCAGCUCAUGGCCGAGGCAGCAGCGAAGAAGGAUGCAAAAGACGAGAAGCACGGAAAGCAUCAUCAUGAUAAGAAGGAAAAGGAGAAGAAGAAGGAAAAGGCAUAGGGUUGAGUCGAGCUUCUCUCCAACUUCUUCUCUAUACAUGUUGUCCUUUUCUUCUGCCAAACCCCGCUCUUUUUCUUCUUGUUUUGUGAUAUCCAUAGAUGGGGAUCGUUUUUGGCCCUUGUUCUGAUAAUGGCAUUUGGAAGCUGCGAUAGAAAUUUGCUCACAAGAUGAGUAUCCAGGACUGAGUUUUGCAUUGAUAUGCAUGAUGCGCGGUUCAUUGCGUGUUUUCGAAACUGUGAGUGGAAAACAACACAUGCGAUAUUUUCGACCUAUCCCUCCUCUUUAGGGAUUAAAAUAGCUAGGAUAAAAAUUUCGCUUAUACCACGACGGUUGCAACGACUUGGUUGACACCGACCG